AUAAAUUAGAGAGGAAAUUAGAAGUUUAGAAGUUUUGAAGACAGAUUCCUCUUCAGUAUAUCCUCCAAAACAAAGAAUUAGAAAGCAAAAAUGUUAUAUGUGAAAUUAAAUGCAGAAAAAGCAAUUGCUGGAUGGCUACAUAAAGAAAAGAAAUCCUUGCAGGAUAGUAAAAUGCCUCUACAUCCGGGAAAAUCUACCUCUGAAGGAUCUUAUUUGGACAGUGAACAUCAAUCUUCCCUCCAAUCCAUAAAAGAUUCAAAAUGGUUGACACUGAGUGCACAAGAGCAGUUAGCCUGGGUCAAAAAUACUCAAGACCCUCGGAUUGCCAGGGGUAUCCGAUCCCCUCUGGAGAAAAAGAUAUUGAGUUUAGAUGGCUUACAUAGUUCAACUGCACAAAAAUUGUUAGCUAAAAGGUCUCGAAAGGAGAAUGAAAACAUCUAUAAAUUAAAGUCUGCAUCCCUGGACUACCGGCUCAGCCAAGCAAUGGCUUAUUACUCUAGGAGACAUGAUGAAAUUAUGGAGGACUCCCUGAGGUAUGUUCCUGUAGAGUUGUCUGGCCCAGAAAAAGAGUCAGGACUACUUCAAGAAGAAAAAAAAUGGACACCACAAAAAUGGGACUAUUUAGUAAAUGAGAGAGAACUAAAGCAGAUAGAGCGGCAUAUUUACAGAGCAAACCAAGCUAGAAACCUUAGAAAUAAAACAUGUAUACUCUACCCUCAUGAUAUUUCAAGGAAAGCAUUUCCUCCCAGAAUUUGGACAACAGAAAGUAAAAAGGAUGAUAUCCAGAAAAGACAUAAAACAAGAGAGCAGAUGAGAAAAUCUGAGGCAAAGCAAAUUGAAGAACAUCAAAAGCGCAUGAUACAUGGGAGAAAGGUUAUGCAAAGUCACAGAGAACAACGUUUUUAUAGUAUCCCCAGUGGGUUUCCUCGAGUUUCAAAACCUGAGGUGAAGAAAGAGCAAAUAAAAUUUUAUGAAUGGGUUACUGCUUAUCCACUUCUCCAACCUCGCCAUGGAAAGCGGCUGGAAAUACAUAUCCUUAUUGAAAAAUCAAAAUUGAAAGGGGAGAAACAGGAAGAAAGCGGAAUGAAACAGUCAACUGGUUCGAUAUUCUUGGAAAUUCCACCAUUUUUGAAGAGUCGAGUAGACAAAAUGAAAGUUUAUUAAAGUUGUUAUAUUUCUAAA